AUGUUCCAGGUAAUCCAGCCAGAGAGGGCUCUCUACAUCCAGGCCAAUAACUGUGUGGAGGCCAGGGACUGGAUAGACAUUCUGACCAAGGUCAGCCAGUGCAACAGGAAAAGACUGAGCACCUACCACCCCUCAGCUUACCUCAACGGUCACUGGCUCUGCUGCAAGAUGUCUGCCGACACAGAACCAGGCUGUACACCCUGUACUGGGGGCCUCCCAGCCAACAUUCAGCUGGAUGUGGACGGAGACAGAGAAGCUGAGAGAAUCUACUGCCUGUUCAGCACGUACAUGAACAAACUGGUCAACAUGCAAGAGGCCUGUGGCAGUAGAUCAGUAUAUGACGGCCCAGAGCAGGAGGAGUAUUCCAGCUUCCUCAUCGACGAUCCCCGGGAGACCUAUAAGACCCUGAGAGUCAUCAUCUCCUCUGUUCAGACACUGGAGCAGCAGCACACCAAGUACAAACGAGACAUGUUCAGGAAGACCAAGAUCGCAGCCAGUCUGGUUCUGUUCCGAGACAGGUCUAGGUCUGGUCUGGGUCUGGUCCGGGACAGGUCUGGUUCUGGUCCGGGGACAGGUCUGGGUCUGGUCCAGGACAGGUCUGGUUCUGGUCCGGGACAGGUCUGGUUCUGGUCCGGGACAGGCCUGGUUCUGGUCCGGGACAGGCCUGGUUCUGGUCCGGGACAGCCCUGGUUCUGGUCCGAGACAUGUCUGGGUCUGGUCCGGGACAGGGAUCAUCCAAUUGGAGACAAGAGUUUGUGUUACAUCCACCAACAGUCUGAGAGCUCCACCUACUCCAUCUAG